CGGCUGUUCCUUUUCUGUCUUCUCGCCCCCCCCCCCCCCCCCCACCUGCCAGCGGUAGUCCUCGGCCUGCCCAGCGCCUGGGCCGAGGAGGCGUGCACGCGCACCUGCCCGGCCGCCUGCGCCUGCAGCAGCACCGAGCGCGGCUGCUCCGUGCUCUGUGACCGCGCCGGCCUCCUGCGGGUGCCGGCCGAGUUUCCGUGCGAGGCAGCCUCCAUCGACCUGGACCGGAACGGCCUGCGCUUCCUGGGCGAGCGGGCCUUUGGCACGCUGCCGUCGCUUCGCCGCCUGUCGCUGCGCCACAACAACCUGUCCUUCAUCACGCCCGGCGCCUUCAAGGGCCUGCCGCGCUUGGCCGAGCUGCGUCUGGCGCACAAUGGCGAGCUGCGCUACCUGCACGCGCGCACCUUCGCCGCGCUCAGCCGCCUCCGCCGCCUCGACCUGGCCUCCUGCCGCCUCUUCACGGUGCCUGAGCGCCUCCUGGCCGAGCUGCCCGCCCUGCGAGAGCUCGCCGCCUUCGACAACCUGUUCCGCCGCGUGCCCGGCGCGCUGCGCGGCCUGGCCAACCUGACGCAUGCGCACCUGGAGCGCAGCCGCAUUGAGGCGGUGGCGUCUAGCUCGCUGCAGGGCCUGAGGCGCCUGCGCUCGCUCAGCUUGCAGGCCAACCGCGUCCGCGCCGUGCACGCAGGCGCCUUUCGCGACUGCGGCGCCCUGGAGCAUCUGCUGCUCAAUGACAACCUGCUGGCCGAGCUGCCUGCCGAAGCCUUCCAAGGCCUGCGCCGCCUGCGCACGCUCAACCUGGGCGGCAACGCGCUGGGCCUUGUGGGGCGCGCCUGGUUCGCCGACCUGGCGGAGCUUGAGCUGCUCUACCUGGAUCGCAACAGCAUCGCCUUUGUGGAGGAGGGCGCCUUCCAGAACCUCUCGGGCCUCCUUGCUCUGCACCUCAAUGGCAACCACCUCACCGUGCUGGCCUGGGCUGCCUUCCAGCCUGGCUUCUUCCUGGGCCGCCUCUUUCUCUUCCGCAACCCGUGGCGCUGUGACUGCCGCCUGGAGUGGCUGCGGGACUGGAUGGAGAGCUCCGGGCGCGUGGCCGACGUGCCGUGCGCCUCCCCAGGCUCCGUGGCCGGCCUGGACCUCAGCCAGGUGGCCUUUGCGCGCACUUCCGAUGGCCUCUGUGUGGAUCCCGAGGAGCUGAACUUCACCGCAUCCAGUCCAGGCCCGUCCCCAGAGCCUGCGGCCACCACCGUGAGUAGGUUCAGCAGCCUCCUCUCCAAGCUGCUGGCCCCAAGGGCCCCGGUGGAGGAGGUGGCCAACACCACCGAGGGAACGCUCAACACCUCUCUGUCUGACAGCCUUCUCUCCGGUGGGGUCGUUGUUUUGGGCCACAGCACCUGGUUUCUCUUCGGCUCUGGUCUCCUGCUCAUCGUGGUGUUUGUCCUACACAUGGACUGACCUUGCCUCACUGGGGUGGCCCAGAUUGCCUUGGCCAGAGGAGGAAAGUUGCGUUAACUGGCUUGAGGUGUUUGUGGUGGGGGAAGAGGGGAACUGGAUGGGGCAGGUGGUGAAAAUUCCAGCCCAGGAUGGAAGGGACAGUUUACUUCCAGAGAUGGUCCUAGGAGGAGGAGAGCCGUGGGCAGUGCCACACCGGGAUGGGGUGAAGGUGGGGAGAAGAAUGGAUUUAUGCUCAUGUCACCUGGGCAUCAGUUGGACAAGAGAAGCAAGAGUGAACAUGGGCCCUCCAGUGAGAAGACUAGGAAUUGGAAGCUCUUAGGGCUACAGGGCUCUACCCCCAUCCCUUGCCCCCAUCUUCCAGGACACAGAGACUGCAGUGUCUGAAUUAGAGUCAAUCCAGUGGCUAAAUACUAAGAACUGUGCUAGUUUUCCUGGCAGGACAGCCCAUUAAGCCCAGUCCCUUUGUUUUCUACCACAAUUGCCCUCCCCCUCCCCUAGGGGCAAGGGCCACUAGGAUCCAGAAAGAUGGACAGGACAGGAGAGAAGGGGGAUGUGAGAGGAACUUAGACUCGAGAGAGGUGGCCAUGGUUCCUGGGGUCUGGAAUGUGUUAAGAGGCAUUGAAAACAAAGACCCGUUUCACUUACUCCACAAUUAUUCCCAGGGGUGGCCUUAGCCACAAAGCAACUUUAGGGCAGGGUAGGGGAAAAAAGAGGGGGAGCGGGUUUCUGUAUACAAAUAAAUGGGUAAAAUCCUAAGAUUAAAAAAAAGAAAAGCGUUCAACAAGUUUUUGUACCUCAGGAGUUUUUUUUAGAGUCUUUCAUAUGCAAACAUGCAUUGUGAAUCUCCAGGAAGGCCACAAAAUCCUCUUUUCUUAGGUUUUGUGGGAAGAGUGUCCGGAGGACAGAGAUGCUGUUAGUAGGGCAGGGAGUCUUCAGCUUGGAUGAUCCCAUUAGGUGCGGAAAUCAUUAUGGGCGGCACACUUUGGGGCUGACUAAUGGCCAGGAGGAAAGGAGGCAGCCAAUAGCUGGGAAGGGGCCUGACAGAUUUCCCAGGGUGGCAGUUGGCCAACUCUAAGCCCCCAGGCCUGAGUGCCAGGGCAAAUUCUGUAUGUCUGCUAAAUACUUGCUCAACCAGUUCUCCACGCACAAGUAAUGAUGACUUCAUUCGUCAGCUUGCUGGAAAUCCGCAGUUUUAAUGUCCUGAAUUCCUCUGUCUAUAUUUACAGAGCUGGGUUUUCAAAGCUCACAUAAUUCAGGGUGCACCAAGCUGUCAGGUCUUCAUGGUGCUAGUACUUCUGUGUCUGUAGGUGAUACUAAACAUUAGAAAUGUUGCAGAAAGACCUCUGAGGGUAGGAGUGUUCAAACGGGCUGUGACCAUUAGUGGUCAAUCAACUCAAUUUAAUGGGUCACAACCAGCGUUCAAAAAAAAACAAAAAAAACCCAACCAAGGUAGAAUAGAACAGAAAAGACAGAGAGUCCCACAUGUAACAAGUAUUGUUUUGUAAAACUUAAUUUGUAUGCAUUUAUUCAUAUUAUAUGUGUAUGUAUGUAUGUUGUGUCUGGAUUGCUGCGUACAAUUUAUAUUUUAUUGUAGGCUGUUGUUUUUUUCUCUUGUGGGCUAUUGUUAAGAAAGUUUGAAAGUCACUAAUCUGGAGCCUGCAUGAUUUUUAAAAACUUUUUAUUUUGAAAAGUCUCAAACUUACAGAAAAGUUGCCAGAAUAGUAGAGUGAACACUUUGGCCAUUCACCUAGGUUUCCCAGUUGUUAACAUUUUACUGUAUUUGAGGUAUAUAGUUUGAGUUAGUUGUAAACAUCACAGCCCUUCACCCCUAAAUACCGUAGUAUGUAUUUCCUAGUCAGGAACUUUAUCAUUGAUAGAAUAGUAUUAUUUAAAAUAUACUCUAUAGUGAAAUUUCAACAGUUGUCAAAAUGAUUUCCUAGGCAGUCACGCUAUUUUACUAUUAGUCGCAAAAAAAAGGUUCCUUGUGUUCACUUGAUCACAGUACUCAAAAUUCUAAAUCCUCUGACUGACUUUAAUGUUUUAAAAUGAAUUCGUUCUCCAAAUGUCUUACUUUUCAAAUGUGAGAACCAGAUGAGGUCAGAAAUGUUGUUUGUUCAAACCAUGUGUCGUGGCUAUGGUAACUGAGUAAGGAUCACGAGAAUCCUGGAGACCAGACCUCUGCGUUUGGGUAACCAUGGAAGUCCGCAGCACACGUGCAGCCUGUGUUACUGAGGAACAAGAUGCUGCCUGGGGAGGAAUGUCCUUCCUUUCAUUUGGAGUAGGUUCCUGAGAGUCAGCCUCAAAAUGCUGCUUCAGUUCUGCCCAGUGGUUAGAUGGCCAGCUUUUUAAUGAACAUUUGUUUGGCUGAAUGUUUUUGAGCAAGUAUCAACACUGAAAUAGCCUCCGGGGAGACAGAUUUUUAUAGAACUACCCAGCCCAGUAGAAUUCUGGGAACGUGGGAGUUACUUACUGCCAAACAGAUCCAGAGUUGCCUGGAACAAGUUCCCCGUGAAUUGUGGCCAUUAUGAGCUCUCAUGAGAGAACGGGGAGUGAAGUUUCCAGUUUUGAGUUCAUGAAGUUUCCCACCCCAUCCCUGGCGAAAAGUACCUUGAGAAAUGCCAAGGUGCUAUGGAUUCUGCUGAGCAAAACUACGUGUCGCCGUCUGGAUGGACCAUUUUAUGCUGUGGCAACAAACGAUCUCCAAACCUCAGUGGUUUCCUGAGGGUUAUUUCUUAUGCACAUGUCCAACAUGGGCUCGUGAGGGGGGCUCUGCUCUUUGUAGUCACUCAGGGACCCAAGCUGAUGAAGGAUCUGCCGUUUUCGGACACUGUUAUCUAAACACGAGUUUUAGGGUUUGUUGCAACAGAGAAGGAAAGCUUGGGAGAAUCAUGCACCACUCUUAAAUGCUUCUACGCAGAUGUGACAUGUGUUGCUUCUCACCCUUCAUUGGCCAAAAAUGUCACCAGGCCACACCUAACUCCAGCCAGGCAAGGAGGUGUGGUCCUCCUGUGUGCCCAGAAAGAGAGGAGAACUGGGGAUGUUGAUGAACCCUAGCAGUGCUCCGGACAGCUCACCCGAUAGAGUCAAGCCUGGACUUGUCAGCACUGUUCGAAGAAAUAGAGGCUGGAGAGGGAAAUCUGGUGGGCAAGGCCCUACUAGGCUCACUCUUUCUCCCCUCCCAGCACCCCAGCUGGGCUUUGAAUACAAUAUUUGCCAGUAUUCCUCUAGCCAGUAGGAAGGCUGUGGCCUCAUUGUAUUGGUUCUUUCAGAAAGGGGAGAGGGGUCCAUGGCCGGCUCAGUUGGUAACUUUGUGUGACUUUUGAUCUUAGGGUCAUGAGUUCAAGCCCCAUGUUGGAUGUGCAGCCUACUUAAAGUUAAAAAAAUUUUUUUUAAAAGGAGAGAGAAAAUGUAGAGACAGAAGGUUCAUCUUUUCCUCUUUAAAAAAUGUUU